ACAUAAAUAGACUAACCGCGAAGACCGGCCUUUAAUUAAAACAAUUGUUUUAUGUUUCGAACACUUAAGGAAAACGUGAAGUGACUGUGAAAUAGGCAAAAAUGUCAUCAAGAACUGUUUGGAAACUACGUAACUACGAGAAACAAGAAAUCACGUCCUACGACACUCUUCACAGGAAAGCUGUAGACCAGAAUAUCUCCUGUUCACCCAAUGUAUGCAUGGGUAGUUUAAUGAACCAAAAUCCAAAGCAUUCCAGUGUCGCAAGAUCACCUGAAGAAACACUAAAGCAUGCCAAAGAGUUUUUGGAUCAAUAUUUCCUAUCCAUCCGAAGAGUCAACACUCCCUCUCACCGUUCCCGUUGGGAGCAAGUUCAAAAAGAAGUUGCAGUAACAGGAACGUAUCACUUGACGGAAACAGAACUUGUUUAUGGAGCAAAGUUAGGAUGGCGGAAUGCUGUUCGAUGUAUAGGCAGAAUUCAGUGGUCCAAACUUCAGGUUUUUGACUGCCGCUAUGUAACUACAACAAGUGGAAUGUUUGAAGCUCUUUGCAAUCACAUCAAGUACAGCACUAAUAGAGGAAACAUUAGAUCCGCAAUUACAAUUUUUCCACAACGGACCGAUGGGAAACAUGAUUUUCGCAUUUGGAAUCCACAACUCAUAAGUUAUGCUGGUUAUAGACAGCCUGAUGGAUCAAUUGUGGGUGACCCAAUUAAUGUCGAAUUUACUGAAGUGUGCUUAAAAUUAGGCUGGAGAGGAGCUGGAACAAGAUUUGAUGUUCUUCCAUUAGUUCUUUCAGCUAACGGACAUGAUCCAGACUAUUUUGAUAUUCCGAAAGAAUUAAUAUUGGAAGUACCCUUAAUCCAUCCAACAUUCAAAUGGUUCAAAGAGCUAGAUUUGAGAUGGUAUGCAUUACCGGCAGUUUCAAGUAUGAUGUUUGAUUGUGGUGGUCUUCAGUUUACCGCGGUUCCUUUUAAUGGCUGGUAUAUGAGUACCGAAAUUGGAUGCAGGGAUUUGUGUGAUAGUCAACGUUAUAAUAUGCUUGAGACAGUUGCACUGGGAAUGGGUCUUGAUACUCGGACUCCAAUAACACUUUGGAAAGACAAGGCUAUGGUAGAAUGCAACGUUGCUGUAUUACACAGUUUUCAACAAAAAGGCGUCACGAUUGUUGAUCACCACACAGCAUCCGAGUCUUUCAUGAAACAUUUGGAGAAUGAGGUGCGUUUGAGAAAUGGCUGUCCCGCAGAUUGGGUAUGGAUAGUGCCUCCCCUGUCGGGAUCAGCAACCCCUGUCUUUCAUCAAGAAAUGGCUCUUUACCAUUUGAAACCAUCCUAUGAAUACCAGACCNCUUGGAAGUGCCACAUAUGGAAAAAAAGUCGAGAUUCGGGAAAAAGCAAGAAACCGAGACGGAAAUUCCACUUUAAGCAAAUUGCGCGGGCUGUGAAAUUUACAUCGAAGUUAUUUGGCAGAGCGUUAUCCAGACGUAUCAAAGCCACGAUUAUUUAUGCUACUGAAACGGGUAAAUCUGAAAUCUACGCUAAAAGACUGAAGGACUUGUUUAGCCACGCUUUCAAUGCACAAGUUGCCUGCAUGUCAGAGUAUGAUAUUUCUAGUAUAGAACACGAGGCGUUGCUACUAGUUGUAACGUCAACUUUUGGUAAUGGAGAUCCGCCUGAAAACGGAGAGGAAUUUGCGAAGAAUUUGUACCAACUUAGGAUAAGUGAAGGCGAAAUAAUGAACGGAAAUUCACAGUUAAGCAUGGCGUCCUCGAAGUCGUUCAUCAAAGCUAACAGUCAAACAGACAUGACUUCCAAAAAAAAGUUAAGCAAGGUGGAGUCACUUAAAGGUUCAUUCAAUGAUCCUCUGACUGAAGAUACUUUCGGUCCAUUAAGUAACGUCAGAUUCGCGGUUUUUGCUCUUGGAUCUAGUGCAUAUCCAAAUUUUUGUGCAUUUGGUCAAUAUGUCGACAAUCUUCUUGGAGAACUCGGCGGUGAAAGAUUAUUAAAAAUUUCUUGUGGAGAUGAAAUGUGCGGGCAAGAACAGGCUUUCAAGAAAUGGGCUCAUCAAGUAUUUAAGGAACCAGCAUGGAAGUGCCACAUAUGGAAAAAAAGUCGAGAUUCGGGAAAAAGCAAGAAACCGAGACGGAAAUUCCACUUUAAGCAAAUUGCGCGGGCUGUGAAAUUUACAUCGAAGUUAUUUGGCAGAGCGUUAUCCAGACGUAUCAAAGCCACGAUUAUUUAUGCUACUGAAACGGGUAAAUCUGAAAUCUACGCUAAAAGACUGAAGGACUUGUUUAGCCACGCUUUCAAUGCACAAGUUGCCUGCAUGUCAGAGUAUGAUAUUUCUAGUAUAGAACACGAGGCGUUGCUACUAGUUGUAACGUCAACUUUUGGUAAUGGAGAUCCGCCUGAAAACGGAGAGGUAACUGCGUGCCGUUUAUUAAAUCGAACGAAUCUUCAUGGAAAGAAUUCUACGCGGUCUACACUACUCUUGGAAAUUGAAAGUAAUCUUUCCUACACGCCAGGAGACCACGUUGGGGUGUUUCCAGCCAACAGAUCUGAAAUCGUUGAUAGAGUUCUUCAGCGAUUAAAAGGAAUAGACGAUAUUGAUCAACCGAUAGUAUUGCAAAUCAUGAAAGAAAAUCACACUUCCAAUGGAAUAGUAAAAACAUGGGAACCACAUGACAGAUUGCCCGCUUGUUCAGUCAAAGAAUUAUUUACAAGGUUCCUUGAUAUUACUACUCCUCCAUCACCAAAUCUACUGCAAUAUUUCGCAUCAAUUGCAACCAACGAGGACGAUCGAAGAAGACUUACGCUUUUGGCCACAGAAUCAACCGCGUAUGAAGAUUGGCGACAUUGGCGGUUUCCUAAUUUAUGGGAGGUGUUAGAGGAGUUUCCAUCCGUUGAACCCUACGCGCCUCUUCUUGUAGCUCAAUUGAGUAUAUUGCAACCAAGAUUUUAUUCAAUUUCGUCAAGUCCGUCUUUACACAGAAAUAUGAUUCAUCUUACAGUAGCUGUUGUGAUCUAUAGAACGCAAGAUGGAGAUGGUCCAAUUCAUUAUGGAGUUUGUUCAAAUUAUCUUCUAAACGUUCCAAUUAAAGAUAGCGUACAUAUUUUCGUUAGAAGUGCACCAAAUUUUCAUCUACCUGCCGAUCCUACGAAGCCAAUCGUCAUGGUUGGUCCAGGUACUGGAAUUGCCCCAUUCAGGUCAUUUUGGCAAGAACGACUUGCGCAGGUUAUUAAAAAAAUUAAUGCUGGAAGGAUGUGGCUGUUUUUUGGAUGUAGGCAAAGAGAACUGGAUCUUUACAGGAAUGAGAAAGAGGAAAUGUUGAAAAAACGGGUGCUCGAAAGAGUAUUUCUAGCUUUAUCGAGAGAGCCAAAUCUCAAAAAGACGUACGUUCAAGAUUUAGCCCUUGCUGAAGCAUCGGAAAUAUACAAAAUAGUAGUUAUUGAAAAGGGUCAUUUUUAUGUAUGCGGGGAUGUAACCAUGGCCGAAAAUGUAUAUCACACACUGAAAACCAUCGUUCAGACGUGCGGAAAUUUGGAUGAUGCAGAAGCAGAGAAAUAUAUGCUUGUUCUAAGAGACGAAAACAGAUACCAUGAAGAUAUUUUUGGAAUUACUCUUCGAACUGCAGAAGUCCACAACAAAUCGAGAGAAUCAGCCAGAAUACGAAUGGCAUCGGAACCAUAACGAACUAAGACCAAACGAUUUAAAAAUAAUUGAACUUGUUCCCUACUUCAAUGAAUUUUAUUAAGUCAAAUAGUUAUCAUACUCGAAGUUUUACGAAAAACGUUUAAAAAUAAUAAUAAUAUCUACUUCUAAUUAAAACAUUACGAAGAAACUGUUAAUUAUACUUAAAAUAUUGUUAUGCAUAUGCGAUUCAAAGAUAUUUCUCUUGCAAUAAAUAUUAUUGUAUAAAUUUGACGACCAUGUUUAAUAAAAUGUAUUCAACACGAAGUCAUAUCAUAUGACAUUAAUAUUCUAUACACUACUUACCAACUGUUACCAUUUUUUAUGUUCCUUUUUUUUCAAUAAUAAUACUUAGCAGUUUUUAUUA